AUGCAGACAGCCAGCCCCGACCAAGUUGGAGCAGCAGCUGCUGCAGCAGCAGCAGCAGCAGCUGCUGCUGCUGCUGCGCUGCCUUCAAUUGGUGUAUUCGACGCGUUACGCACAGCAGCAGCUGCUGCUGCUACUGUAGGCCUAGCAGCAGCAGGACCUUGGGUAGCAGCAGCAGCAGCAGCAACACACCAAUCGCCUCGCCAGCAGCAACAGCAGCGCAGCCGUCCGAACCGGCAGCAGCAGCAGCGUCAGCAACGCCCUAACAACCAGCAGCAGCAGCAGCAGCAGCAGCAGCAGCAGCAGCAGCGUCAGCGACGCCACAACAACCAGCAGCAGCAGCAUCAGCCAGCAGCAGCAGCAGCAGCAGCAGCAGCAACAGCAGCAGCAGCAGCAAUGACGGUCCCAGAUGCUGCUGCUUCUCCCGUGCCCCACAAGACAACUUUGUCUCAAGAGCAGUCCGAGCAGGUUCGGCUGCUGGGGCACCUCGUGCGGGCAGAUGCAAACAACUCGCAGAACCCGCAAGUUGUGGCCGCCCUCGUGGCCGUGCUGCGCCUCGAGGCGGACAUUCAGCCAGUGCAGUACGCCUUGACCAUUCUCUACGAAGUCGUCAGGGAGAACAGCAGCCGCUACGAGGCCAUGUGCGGAGCCCUCGAGAACUCAAAUGUCUUCGAAGACUUUCUGCAGCUGCUGCAGCGCCCGGGGGUUGACAGCUACACGGGGGACCGCGCGGCCUUCAUGCUUUCGGGGUUUAUGUGCCGCGCGAGGAGUGUGGCUUUUUCCGAAGAACAAGUCACUUAUUUUGUGCAGCAGUUAAUUGCCAAGAAGUUUCCCGUGUCGGAGUCGGGGCGGCUGGACGCGCUGGUGAACAUUCUCAAAAUUGAUCGAUGGCGGCCGCUUGUAUGGGAGACCCCUGGUCUGCCCGAGAUGCUGCUGAAGGCCCUUUCGCUGAGCCAACCCGCGGGCGUGGUUUACAAAGCAGUGUUUUGCGUUUGGCUGCUUUCUUUCCACGAGGGUUUUCCUCUUGCAAUAACAGAAUGCGGGAUUUUGAAAGCUGCUUGCGACGUUUUGAAAGAAUCCCGAGUCGAGAAGGUGGCUAGGGGUUUAGGGUUUGCAGAGAAGUUUUGGCGCGAAAACGUGAUGGUUUUCGAAAAAGAUGAAUUCAUCACAAUUCAAAAAAUCGAAAAACUCCUCGACAGCGAAGACCCAACAACUCAGGCCGUGGCUUGUUACGACUUGGGGGAGUUUGCGCGGCUUCACCCCGCCGGCAAAAAGGUUUGCCAAAAGUUCAAAGUUAAGGACAAAGUGAUGCUGCUGAUCAGCAGCAAACACCGCGAGGUAGCAGCAGAAGCUCUUCUUUGUGUUCAGAAGCUGAUGCUGAACAACUGGCAAGAUGUGGCGAAACCCCAAACCACGAAGUAG